GCCCAGAUGUCACCUGACAUUCUCAUGCAUAUAAAUACAGAUGCAGAUCGGCGAAAUCUAACAAAAUCAACGUUUCGGAUACAAAGGCAGUACAAACACGAACAUACACCUAAUACAACCAUGCCGCAAGAUAUCAGCAAUAAAGACUGCUUCAAGGGUCGAUGGGUAUUGGACAAAAGCAAUUCUGAAGGAGUUGAACCACUUUUGAAAGAUGGUGGUGUAGACUACUUAAAGCGCAAGACUUUGUGUACACUGACUACUGACCUAGAGCUUCAAGUCGCGUGCGAAAGAGAAAACAAAGUAACUAUCACAGAGGUACAAUACACUUCGUUUGUGAAUAUGAUCAAUAAUAUGGAGCUCGGCAUGGAGCUCGGCAUGGAUAACGAGUUCCUCGGUUGGACCGAUUACCACGAUGAUACCUUCUCAGUAUACUGCAGAAAGCAUCCAAAGUGGGAUGCUGCAACUGGCAGGCUUUGGAUGCACGCAGUCUCGGUAAAGAAACACGAGGGCGAUUACGACUGGACAGAAGAGCGUUUGGUCGAGAACGGCCUAUUGCACUGGCUAACAACGCAGAACUACAAGGGCAAAAUGACCACAAACCAUCGAAUUUUCGUCCAUAAAGCGUAAGUAGGAGGCACCUCAAGAGCACAUGCCAGUUUGAAUCGGUAUGGUGCACUAUCAAGAAAUACCAAAAUGACGUUGAAAUUGUGAAUAUACAUUUGAGUUUUCUGUCCGUGUGCAGUAUUCAACACCAAUUAUUAUAUUUUAAAAUAGGAUCUAUUAAAGAGACUGGUAGAUCUGCUGUUAUCAAGACAGCAGUGAGCAGUUUGUUG